GGGGUGCGCACCUGGUGAACCAAGGGAUGCAUGAAUGGCCAAGCCUGAGAGAGGCAGGGCUGUGCCUCUCCAGGCAAGCCACUGUCCCUCUCUGGGCCGUCAUCGGCACCUUUUGGGGGAGCUCUCGACGACUCGGGGUCUCGGAAUGCAGCCCCAGGAGUGGGACCCCCACGCUGAGGGGGGAGGCUCAGCCCGAAAGAGGGGGAGCGCCCCCGGGGAACAUCACUCGGAGAAUCCUGGGGUUCAUGUAUUUAAGAUUCCAAGGGGGGUGGGCUCCUGGCGCACAGGCCCCUAGGAGGCUGAGGUGGACGUGCAGGGGGAGGUCCCACCUCCAGCCCGUGCCACGCGUGGGCUCCGGGUAAGAGCUGAGCCUGGCAGCCUGGGGCGCGCGUGCCUCUGCAGCGUGGCUGCCCCUGGAGCUGCUCAGGGGAGAAGUGAGACAGGACUGUGGGUGGCCGGGGGCAGCCCCACUGUGCCCGGCUGGCAGCGGGGAGGGGACUUCCCUCCGAGGGUGGUGGCAGUGGCGCCGCUGGUAGGGGCGGGACCAGAGCCUGCCCGUGGCCUCCCUCUGCGGGCUCCCAGACCCUGUCACAUCAGAGCCUGGGCCGCCACCGCCCUCCCCCCGACCCAAGGUCCCCACUUGGGAGGCCUGGCUCACCCGUGAGGUGCCCCGCGGCGGCUGGAAGGAGCAGAGCACACCUGCCUGCCCGGGGGUCCGGCCGUCCACGGCCCCAGCCCGGGGCCUGCUGCAUGGCGCCCGGCGACACUGAGGCGGGCGGGCAGGAAACCCAAGCUGCGAGCCAUCAAUCAUUCAUGGGGCUGCUCUCCAGGAAACCCUAACCCCUGCCCAGCGAGGCCAAGCGGCCAGCACACCCCGGCCAGGGCCGGACGGCAGGGCCCCCUCACCCGGGGGCUGCUCCCCCCAGGGCUCCCCCCUGUCCCCCGAGGGACUGCAUCCUCUGACUCAGCUUGCCGCCCGAGGUCUCUCCUGGCUCUCACAGGCCUGCUGCUCCAGCCUGUCCCACCUGUUCCCGCCCCCCAGCCUUCGUCCACCUUCCCCCCUGCCCCAGACGUCUGCCCCGGUCCCCCCAGCCUGGCUCAGCGCCCCUGGCCCGCAGCGAGGGGAGUGACACUGCAGACGGGCGGCCUCUCGCGGCUGGGCAGUGCAGAGCUGGCUGCCCACGGCCGCCCCCACGUCCUGGUCCCCCCUCGCUGCUGAGUUCUCCUGGAACAGGGGACCCCGUCCUGGCCUCCCCAGGAGCAGAGCCUGGGAUUAGGGCCUGGGCUGCCCGCCUCACUUACCCUAAUCCCCCUCAGGGCCCGUCUGGGGUGUGUAAGCAGCUUUAGGGUCCCAGGCGCCAAGGAGCUCAGGGUCUCUGCUCCCUGUGGGCUCCCCGCAUGGCCGCAGAGCAGGUGAAGGGGCGGCAGGGCCCGGAGCCGGCCCCCAGCCCCCAGCAGCCCUCCGUGGAGACCGGGACCCCUGCCAGCCAUGCUGGGACGACCCCCUCAGCCAGGAGGAGGAGCAAGAAGGAGAGGGGACGGCAGGGGUCCCGCAGGAGCACAGGCAGCUCCCAGGAGCAGCCGUCCGCGCAGGGCCCCGCGGUCCCUGGGAGCAGCAAGACCUCAGAGGGGCCGGGCGCGCCGUCCGGAGUGGCCCCUGGGCUGGGCUCUCGCCGACGGUCCCACCGGCACCGCCCCGUCCACAGCGACGCCGCUCAGAGGACCUACGGGCCCCUGCUCAACCGGGUUUUCGGGAAGGACCGGGAGCUGGGCCCGGCAGAGAUGGAUGAGCUGCAGGCCGCCUUCGAGGAGUUCGACACCGACCGCGACGGCUACAUCGGCUACCGGGAGCUGGGGGAGUGUAUGCGGACGCUGGGCUACAUGCCCACGGAGAUGGAGCUCUUGGAGGUCUCCCAGCACGUCAAGAUGCGCA